AUGGAGAAUUGCAAUGAAGAUGUGUUAAAUGACCAUACAUAUGCAGAUAUUGGUCAAAUUGCAGUAGACAGACACAUAGUUGAUCAAAAUUAUUAUAUAGCAAUUGAAGAUAAUAGUUCAGAUUCAGAGUUGGAUGAAGUAAUUGAAGAAAAUGAUGAAAAUGAUGAAAAUGAAGAACCUAUAGAUAAUUAUGAAGCUGAAAACUUACAACGUAAUCGCACAUACACAAUCAUACCAGGAGUACACAAUAACUCCAAAAUAUACAUUGACAAUUUUAAUUAUAAAUAUUAUAAGAAAAGUGUUUUAUACUUAGAUUCUGUCAUAAGGUACUUGAUUUGUGAAAAACAAAGAACUAAGAAAGCAGAACAAUAUUGUGCAGCAACCGCCAUAAUUAACAUUAACAAUCAAGGGAAUCAUUUAGAUAUUCAGCCUGGUGGACAGAGCUGUUGA